AAAUUUUGGGUGGCACUUGCUUCAAGCCUUGGGUGGAUUUUUUUGCUGCUGACGGAACCGCCAUGGGCUCUUUUCUUUUAGCUUUUCUAACCGCUGCAGCAAUCUGCCUCGGCCUCUCAGAUGCUGCCUGCACGCAGCACGACAUUAGACUUAUAGGAGGCUCGACUGGAAGGGAAGGUAGAGUUGAAUAUUGCUACAACAACCAAUGGGGAACGGCCUGUGAUGACUUGUGGGGUACCAACGAUGCAAAAGUCGUCUGUUCUCAACUCAAUUAUGAUCCAAACGGAGCUGUCGCUUAUACGAAUGCCUACUUUGGUCAAGGCAGUGGUUCAAUAUGGCUGGAUAACGUGAGAUGUUCUGGUAAUGAGAUUUGGCUCAGACAGUGUCCUAGAAACGGAUUUGGUUCACACAACUGCGGCCAUAAUGAAGAUGCUGGAGUACGAUGCCCAGCUUGCUAUGAAGGUAAUGUAUGGCUGCCUGGUGGUACUACAUGGAGAGAAGGGACAGUUGAGAUAUGCCACAAUGGAGUGUGGAGCACUGUCUGUGAUGAUCAGUUUGGAACUAAUGAAGCUAAAGUUGUAUGCUCCAUGCUUGGCUAUGAUCCAUCAGGAGCUACCGCUUUUAGCAGUGCUUAUUUUGGACAGCGUUAUGGCCCUAUUGUAUUAGACAAUCUUGGUUGCACUGGUACUGAACAGAGUUUGUUCAACUGCUCAGGGAAUGCUAUUGGUGUUCAUAACUGUGGACACAAUGAAGACGCUGGCGUCCGUUGCCCAGCUUGUACAAAGGGCAGCAUCAGAUUAUGGAGUGCUUAUGCUACUACCCCUCCUUCUGAGGGAAUGUUACACUACUGUCAUAACUCAGGAGAAUGGAAAUCAAUGUGCAGGUGGAGAUGGGACUGCCUUGAUGCAAAGGUUGCCUGUCGUAAUCUUGGCUUCAAUGGGACCUUAACUUACCAGGCACUGUAUGAUGUUGAAGGAGCUUAUGGUUUCUAUAAGCCAGUGCUACCACAGAGGGUCACUUGCACUGGAUCUGAACAAAUUCUAAGAGACUGCAGCUUUCAAUAUACCACAUGGUGCGAUAGUGCACUCUCUGAAACAGCUGGAGUUAAAUGUGCUGAAAAUGCAGUUUCUCACGGAUGCACAGCCGGUGAUAUCAGACUUCAACAAGGAGCUGACUCAAGUGAAGGAAGACUGGAGUUUUGCUUCCAUGAUGAAUGGUCUCCUUUCUGUCAACUGGAUGAUGAAGAGGCAGCAGUUGCUUGUAAACAAUUAGGAUACACUCAAUACCCCUAUGCAACGAUAUUUUAUGAUGAGAGAUUUGGUACAUCAGGAUACAUUGCUGACUUUCAGAGGAUAGCUUGCAGCCCUACUGCUUCUGAGGAUCACAUGAUCAACUGUACAGUGGAGUAUAAGCCAGGCUGUGGAAGCUAUGAGUGCUGGAAUGAGAAAGGAAUCAAGUGCUUCAACCCUGGUAUGUGUACUGAAGGGGACAUUAGGCUAGUUGAUGGUCGAAUCGAGCAGGAGGGAAGGAUUGAGGUCUGUUAUAAAGGAGUUUGGGGUGCAAUAUGUGGACACUCUUUCACUAACAUUGACUCUUAUAUUGUAUGCAAGAUGCUUAACUACACUGCUCCUAGAGCUCCUACCACAUUUUGGAGUAACUAUUUUGGUGAUGGAGGGAUAUAUCCUAUCAUUUUUGACUAUGUUGAUUGUAAGGGUUGGGAAAAGAAUGUGUUUGACUGUCCAAGACAAGACUAUCUUGACUUUACCUGCUAUCGUGGGACUAUAAUAGGAACACGUUGCUACGAUAAUUGUAAUAAUGGUGACAUUAGACUUGUUGGUGGCUCUGAUGCUUCUGAAGGUACAGUCGAGAUUUGUGUGGACUAUCUUUGGGGAGUCAUUGAUGAUACUCUCUGGGAACCAGCUGAAGCUGUCGUCAUCUGUCGUCAGUUAGGAUUCUCUGUUGACACUGCUGUACCAAGAGUUGGGUCUUAUUACAGUCGUCCCAAGAAAGCAGUUCAUUAUGCUAACGUUCAUUGUACAGGAGCUGAGGACACACUCCAGGAGUGUACAUUCACUUCAGUCUCAUUAACUGAUGGAAUGACUGUAUAUGGGAAUGCAACCGUUGCUGGUGUAGACUGUCACCCAAUGCCUCCUACUGCUCCUCCCUGUAUUCCAGCACCACUACUCACUCCUGAUGGCUCAGGGUGUAAUCAAGGAGACGUGAGAUUAGCCGGGGGUAAUUCCUCUUCUGGUAGAGUUGAGGUCUGUUUCAAUGCAAGCUACACUCCUCUCUGCAGUCUAAAUGAGAGCGUUGCUUCUGUAAUAUGUAGGAACCUUGGUUACACUGUCUACAGCUGGGCUGCCAUUUAUACUGACCACCCAUAUGGAGUCCUCACUAACUACAGUUAUGUGAGUGAUAUCAGUUGUGAUCCUUCUGGCUCUGCCCUUAGCUUGUGUACAAUCAGUACCGAUAAUUGUAUCCCUAACUGUCCUGGGGCUAAUAUCGCCAUUAGCUGCUUCACUCCUGGUCAAUGUACUUCAGGUGAUGUGAGGUUAGUGGAUGGUUUUGUUGCUAAUGAAGGAAGAGUUGAGGUUUGUGUCAAUGCCGUCUGGGGAGCUGUCUGUGACAACAACUGGGAUGCAACAGCUGGACACGUAAUCUGUACACAACUUGGACACCCUGAACUUAUUCCAAUUGUGUUCCAUAACUCUUUCUUUGAUGAUGGCUUCCAGCCCAUUGUUCUAUCUAACGUGGAUUGUGUUGGCUUUGAAAAGAACUACACUCAAUGUAGGAGUCAAUUGUAUUCAGAGUUUACUUGCUCUCGUGAUCAUACAGCUGGAGUCCUCUGUGGAGCUGAUUGUGUGAAUGGUCAGGUACGACUGAUGGGUGGAACCAGCGACAAUGAAGGAACAGUUGAAGUCUGUUUUGAUAAUGUUUGGGGCAACAUUGAGGAGACAGGCUGGGGUGAUAAAGACGCUCAGUUGGUCUGUAACUUACUUGGUGGAUAUUUAACUGACGGUGCUGUCCCCCUCUAUGGCAGCUAUUUUGGUCGUACCGCUAGUACCAUAUUAGUAUCUGAUCUCUACUGUACUGGGAAUGAGACUGACUUCCUUCAAUGUACAUACACACGUCACUCGGUUCUUGAAGGCAAAGACCUUGGAACACAGGCGCUAGUCGCUGGUGUUCAGUGUCAGAAACCCAUCACAUGUAUACCACCCGAUCCAACGCAGGCUUUCACUUGUAACACAGGAGACAUUCAGCUCUCGACUUCAGGAGCUAAUAGCUAUGAAGGUAUCCUUAAUUACUGUCUCAAUGGACGAUGGACGCCUUUCUGUACACUGGACCGCAUUACUGCCACUGUGGCCUGUCGUCAACUGGGAUACACUGAUUAUAGCUGGGCUGGUAUCAUAACUGAUAAUCGUUUCUCUCCUUCAACUAACAUGAGCUCCUUUCAGAACAUUACCUGUCUAGGUGGUGAAUCCACAGUACGAGACUGCGUCGUAUACAAAGACUGCAUAUCAACCUGUGCCACUCCUUACUCCAUCCGCUGCUAUAAUCCUGGUACAUGCACAGACGGGUCAAUGAGAUUGGCUAAUGGUACCGUAGCUCAAGAAGGUCGUGUUGAGAUAUGCAUGUCCGGUGUAUGGAGCGGAGUCUGCUCUGAUGCUUGGGACAGAGCUGAUGCACUAGUGGUGUGUGCUCAGUUAGGACUUGGUAUUGCUGAGCCUAUUGUAACUACUGAUUCCUCUGCUUAUGGUGAAGUAUUUGGACCUAUUAUAUACUCUAAUAUCUCGUGUAUGGGAUACGAGUCAAUGUUUUCUGCUUGUGCUAAGAACACAUACCCUGCCAUACAGUGUACUAGGAAUCAAGUUGCAGGUGUUUUCUGUCGUGACGCUUGUACUGAAGGUGCUGUUAUGCUGACUGGUGGUACACUGCCCAGUGAAGGGACGGUCCUCAUUUGUAAGAACAAUGUGUGGGGUCUGGUCGGUCAGGUCAGUUGGGACAGCAAUGAUGCUAACGUUCUCUGUCGCCAAUUACAAUAUACUAAUGGUGGUACUCCUAGAGUAAACUCUUAUUACGGUAAGCCCAACCUGACCCUGGUUACCUCCAGUGUAGUGUGUGAUGGGACUGAACAGACCAUCAGUGAUUGCUCUGUUAACUGGUUGACACUUGAUCAAGGAAAGGCUGCCGUGUCUCAUGUCGACGUUGCUGGUGUGACUUGUAUUCCUAACACUCCCCCACCUGGCUGUCAAGUCGCUCCCGAUUAUAGCUCCCUCACUCCAAUUUGCAACACUGGUGCUGUCUAUUUGGAUUCUGAUAUUGUUGGGUCUUCAUCAGGCCUUUUACAAUAUUGCUAUAACGGACAGUGGACCGGUCUAUGUACACUUGAUACUAACACUGCUUCAGUGGCCUGUAGACAGCUGGGCUACACCUCUUACUCUUGGGCCUCACUGAUAACCAAUGGAGCCUAUGGCAAUGGGAUGGGCUACAGUCUAGUGGAUAGUAUAACAUGUCAGGGCUCUGAGAACUCCCUUUCAUCCUGUAACAUUGCAACACCUUCAACUCAAUGCCUCACAAAGUGUACCACUAGUGUAGCUAUCAGAUGCUAUGAUCAAGUUGCUUGCAAUGAAGGUGAUCUUAGAUUGGCUGGAGGUGCUUUUGUACAGCAAGGGCGAGUUGAGACAUGCUUGAAUGGAGUGUGGGGCACUGUCUGUGACACUAACUGGGACACAGCUGACGUGUACGUUGUAUGCAAGCAGCUGGGAUACACUGGAAUGACUAAUAUUGCUUAUACUGGUUCAUUCUUUGGUUCUGGGUCUGGCCCUGCCAUAUAUACCAACGUUCAGUGUGGUGGGUUUGAAAACACUUUUGCUGCCUGUACCAAGGACUCUUAUUCAUCUGUCAUGUGCUCUGCUGAUAAUAUUGCUGGGGCUCAAUGCUCAACCCCUUGCAUUGACGGAACUGUGAGGCUUGUAGGUGGAACCACUUCAUCACAAGGAACCGUAGAAAUAUGCUACUCUAAUCUCUGGGGUAUGGUCGGUGAUCUUAACUGGGGCAAUGCUGACGCAGAAGUGGUUUGUAAGCAAUUGGGAUAUGGUACAUCUGGUUCUACUGGUAGUAUCAACAGUCAAUAUGGUCGUACCAAUAACACUGUUCACUUGACUAAUGUUGGCUGCUCUGGCAAUGAGAAGUUGCUCACUGAUUGCUCCUCAACGCGUGUUAAUGUUAACGAUGCUAGUAAUUAUCCUACAGUAGCUGGCGUCAAUUGCAUUGGUACACCAACCAUUACUUUACCAUCUUCUACUCCAGCAAUGCCAUCUUCAUCAAUGUCUUCUACAAUGAGCUCUACACUAGCUCCAACAGUUGGUGGUGCCUCAGCUGAUAGUAACAAUGGCAUUAUAACAGCUACUGCCCUGAUGGGAGUUAUCACUUUAUUGCUUAUUGUAAUUGCGGCAAUUAUUGUUGCAGCAAUGGUGUAUGUACAGCGGAAAAGAAGAGAGGUCAGUAAAGUUCUUUCUAAGACCAGGGCCGCUGAGCGUUCUGACCCACGUGAAGUGACGAACCCACUCGCCACAGAGACCGGUCUUGAUGAUGCUGACGAUGAAGACACCAAGCGUCUGCAUGAGCUCAUCAAGGAGUCACAAUUGCAAUGAUUCUAAUCGUGUCACGAGCAACUCAUAACUUUUAGAACAAGCAUAAACAUUGAGAACACACACAUAUUCUGCACAUGCUGUUCACAUGCUACCAAUUUUAUACUCAAUUUAUUAUUAAUUGUUUUUUGCUGACUUGUUAAUCUUAUUCAUGAAAAAAAA